CUCUAUCUUUCUCUCUUUCGGUGGUUGUGCGAAAAGAGAGAAACCUGCCUGGUGGAGGAUACCAUAGUCUUGUAUCCAUCACCUGGCAGAGGCCACUUGUUUUCUAUGGUGGAACUAGGAAAGCAAUUUCUCGAACACCACCCUUCAAUGUCAAUUACAAUCAUAAUCUCCGCCAUGCCAACUGAAUCAAUCUCCAUUGAUGACCCCUACUUUUCCACACUCUGUAACACCAAUCCCUCCAUAACUCUUAUUCACCUCCCUCAAGUUUCUCUCCCUCCCAACUCCACCUUUUCUCCUCUAGAUUUCGUAGCCUCUUUCUUUGAGCUCCCUGAGCUCAACAACACCAACCUUCACCAGACCCUCUUAAAUCUUUCUAAAUCCUCCAAUAUAAAAGCCUUGAUUAUAGAUUUCUUCUGCAGUGCUGCUUUUGAGUUUGUGUCCUCUAGACACAACAUCCCCAUUUACUUUUUCUUCACUCAUGGUGCAAGUGGCCUCUCCAUGUUUCUUCACCUCCCUAUCCUUGAUAAGAUCAUCACAAAGAGCUUGAAAGACCUUGACAUGAUUAUUGAUUUUCAUGGCAUACCAAAAAUUCCAUCAAAAGAGUUGCCACCGGCUAUUUCUGACCGGUCCCACAGAGUUUACCAAUACCUCGUCGACACUGCCAAGCUGAUGAUCAAGUCUGCAGGAGUCAUAAUAAAUACAUUUGAGUUCCUUGAACGUAAGGCACUUCAGGCAAUACAAGAAGGAAAGUGCGCCCCGGAUGAGCCAGUACCACCAAGAAGUAAAGAAUUAAAAGAUAUUUUCACAAAAAUAUCAUGCAAUAUGUAAUGCAUUAUCAAGCAAAACAGAUUAUAUAUUCAUGACAACAAAUCGCAAAAAAUAGAGUAUUGAUAACUUGGAACAAAAAAUAAUAAAUGAUCAUGUUAAGCCUCUUGCACACGUUGGUGACUACUAAAAAAAAGUUACUAAAUCA